ACGUACCGUACUGGCUAGAAGAUGUAGAUGGCUAUCCAAGGUACAUUUGCGAAGAGUGUAAAGAAAAUUUAGAUUUAGUAUGCAGUUUUAUAAACAAAUUUAAAAGCACAAACAUUAUGUUGCAAAAUGACUUACAUUUACAAAAGUUGGAUUUUGAAACAGAAAAUUUAAACUGUAUAAGUGAAGAAGAAGACCCAACAAAAAUAGAAGUUGAAUAUGUAGGAUAUGAAGUAGACAAUGACCAUAUUUCAGAUGUUAGCUACCAUGAAUACGAGGAAUCUUUGCUCAAUCGAAAAAAGCCUAUGAAAUCAAAAUCAUUGACAAAAAAUAGUAAAGGAACAAUAAAGAAACCAAAUACCGCUGCUAUUAAAAUAAUUAAAUCUAGUUGCAUGCCACAAAGAAAACCCAAAAAUAAUGAAUUAGCUCGCCAAUAUGCGGAAACGCCGGCUCAGAUACAUUGCUUCCCGCCUGCUUCAAAUAUUAUGUCGGAGAACUCAUCAUUACAUGCAGCUUUGGAUAGCAAUAAAACCCGCAAGCGCCUCGUUCCUUUGCCAAUAAAUAUUAAACAGGAAACUGUGCAGCCAGUGCAAGUUCAGGAUAAAAAUAUGUAUGAAAAUAGAGGAAAUGCACCGGGAAAAGACAUUGUUAAUUCUAAUGUGCUAACUACACACACUCACAAGGAACCCGGCAAGGAAUAUGGAGAGCAACAAGUGGCUAAGACAAACACGGACAUUUUGAUGGCAACUUUAAACAAUUUAACUUCAAAAUUAUCAUCUCUAGAAUCCAAAGUUGACAACUACGCUGCUCACAAUUCUAAAAAUCAAAUAAUUGUCACCCUGAACCAAGAACAGAUUAUGCAAAAACUAUCUGAAAUAACAGCCCAAUUUGAUGAAUUCAUCAAACGUUCGUCAACUGUUAACUUGUCCCGGACAGAAGAUAAAGGUAUAAAAAAUAUACACAAUGAAGAAAGUCUCAACGCCUUUGAAGAGUUAUUGAAAGAUAAACAACAACUAGAAAAGAUGAAAAACAUUUAUUCAGUAGUAUGCGGCAAAGGUAAAGGCAGGGCGAUCAAUAAUGCGUACGCAUUAUGCGAUGCGAUGUUUGAUCGAAAGUUUUUGAAACAAUGUUCUUGGGCUGGGGGGUCUCGCGGGGAGACCGCAAAAAUUUGUUUUAAAAGUUACAGACGUGUCAUUGAUUUCUUUUUUUAUUUGAUCCACACAUCAGACAAUCAGUUUACAAUAAUGGAAUGUGAAACCUUUCUUAAGAACAUACUUAAAAAUUCUACGAAAAGGUGUGAAUCUCAACAUUUGAGAAGGUCAGCUCAAAAAAUAAGACAAAAGAAGAAAGAGUUGAAACCUGAAGAAAACGGAUCACCAGAACUCGAAAAUGAACAAAUAGAAGAACAGGAAUAUUAUGUCAUAAAUAACAUUCCAGAAGCAGCAUUUGAGAUCAGCAGCGAUUAAAAUUUACUUUUCUUGGAAAAAGAUGUAUAGAAGAUAAAGAAACGUCAUGACUAGUAGUAGUAGUAGUAUACAGAUGGAUAACGGAAACAAAACAAGUGCGUUUUGGGCCACGCGACUGUACUCCGGAAGUAGUACUGCUACUUUUUGAUAAUUUUUGUAAGGUCAAUGAAUGUAUACCCGAAGAAAUUGAU